AUGAACCAAGUUUCCAUCUGGACGUUCCUUGUUUGUUCAUUUCUUCUCCUCUUUCCCAAUUCUAUUGCUGUGGAUGAUUCUACGAAGAGCUCAAAAUGGCACUCACUCAAGCUACAAGAAGUUUAUGAAUCAAACCACAAUAGUAAAGAUCAUAUCUUGAUAUACUCAGGAUACAUAUUGAUUGGUAUUUUGGUAACAGUUAUAGUAAUUUUCAUUAUAUGUAAAAGGAGGAGAAAAGAAAACAAAGGGGACUCGAGGCUUUCAAGCAACAGAAUUGUAGCAGUGAGUGAUGAUGGACUUAACAACAAGUUUAGUACUGUUUCUUUGUCAAGUGAAUAUAAAACUAGCAAGCCGGAGUUUUCAAUGAUUUCAAAUGACAGUGGAGGUUUGUCAUCUUCAUUGAUAACAACUUCAGUGGUGAAUGGUUUGAAGUUUGAGGAUUUGCUUAAGGCUCCUGCUGAGUUGAUUGGGAAAGGGAAUCAUGGGAGUCUUUAUAAGGUUAUGUUUGAUUAUGGAAUGGUGUUUGCUGUUAAGAGGUUUAAGGAUUGGGGGAUUUCAACAGAUGAGUUUAUGAAAAGAAUGUGGAAGAUUGAUAGAGUGAAGCAUCCUAAUGUGCUUCCACCACUUGCCUUUUAUAGUUCUGAUCAUGAGAAGCUUUUGGUCUAUGAAUUUCAGCCUAAUGGAAGCUUAUUUAACCUUCUCCAUGAAUCAAGCCACAACAACAAACCAUUGCCAUGGAUCAACAGGCUAGAGAUAGCAAGCAGAACAGCCAAAGCAUUAGCACACAUGCACAAAGCCUUAGAACAAGAUGAAAUACCUCAUGGAAACUUAAAAUCUUCAAACAUACUCAUCAAUGGUAACAUGGAGCCAUGCAUAAGUGAAUAUGGGCUAAUGCAAAUCCAAAGCCACAAAACGGCCAAUAACUCCUUCAAAUCAGAUGUUUAUGGAUUUGGUCUCAUCCUUCUUGAGCUUCUAACAGGGAAACUUGUGAUAGAUGAAAAAGGGAUUUGUUUAGCAGAUUGGGUUAAAACUGUUCUUAGAGAAGAAUGGACUGCUGAAGUUUUGGAUAGGUCUUUAAUGGCUGAAGCUGCAAGUGAAGAGAGAAUGGUGAAUUUGUUGGUUGUUGGCGUUAAAUGUGUUGAGAAUUCUCCUAAUGCAAGGCCCAAUAUGAACCAAGUUGUUGAUAUGAUUGAUUCUAUCAAGGAAGAUGAAGACGAAAGUAAUUCUAUCAUUUCUGUUCAUUAA